AUGGCACGCCAAGGUUCUUCCAGCGCUCCGUCACUCCUCCCACCACGGGUCUUUCCGUCGACUGGGUUCGACUUGAUCGACCGGUCUGAGAAGAUCGAGGAGGAGAGAUUGCCAUUCUACAAUCGUGACGACUAUUACCCCAUGAGGAUUGGUGAGGUCGUCAACAAACAUUACCAGGUGGUUGCGAAGCUUGGCUAUGGCACGAGCUCGACGGUCUGGCUUUGCCGCGAUCUGAGAGGAGGGAAAUACUGGGUGCUUAAAGUCCACGUCAACACCCUGGAACAUAUCCAGGAGCUCGAGAUCUAUAAGCAUCUAUCCACAGUCCCCGAAGAACAUAUUGGUCGCGGCUACAUCCGGGAUUUGAAAGAUUCAUUCGACAUCUCGGGUCAUCAUGGUAAAACACACAAAGUUUUUAUCAUGACCCCUCUCGGGAUGAGCUUGAGGUCGUUCCAGGAAAUGCAAAAGGAUCACGUCUUUGUGCCGGACCUUGUCAAAAGUGCGCUUCGCCAAGUUCUAAUGGGUCUUAACUAUCUCCAUGCGUCACAGGUGAUACACACGGACCGCUUUGAAAAAGAUCUUCACUCGGACAAUUUGCUCAUCGCCAUCACCGACGAAUCUAUUUUCUCACGGGUGGAAGAGGACGAGGCGCAGGCUCCAUCAGCAAGAAAGCAAGCAGACAACGGCGCCUAUAUCUAUGUCUCCCGCUAUAUGAUGGGGGGUGCUGGGGCCCUGACCAUAGGUGACCUUGGUCAAGCCCGCCUUGGUGUCAGCGGACUCAAGGGCCCUGCUAUGCCCACCCCUUAUCGCGCCCCCGAGGUUAUUCUUAAUAUGGAAUGGGGUGCCGCGGUGGAUAUGUGGAGUGUGGCUCUCGUGGCCUGGGAUCUUCUUGAGACGGAGGGGCCUUUUCGGAUCUACUCCCAUGACAACCAGGAGCAGAACGACGCACAGCAUCUUGCAGCCAUGACCGCUCUUCUUGGGCCGCCGCCGCGGGAGUUUCUCCUCAGAUCCAAAGACACAGCCAAGUACUGGGACGAGAAUGGCAGGUUCCCUAGCUCAUGCUUGACACGUCUAGUCCUACUGCUAACAUAG